AACAAAGAAGAAGAAAAAGAAGAAAAAUGAAGAGUUUAAUUUGUAACUGUUGUAAUAAGGAAUUUUUUGACGAAAAUGAGCAAAAAAUUCAUUACAAAUCAGAAUGGCACACUUAUAAUCUUAAACGCAAGGUUGCUGGAGUUCCUGGAUUGAAUGAGGCACUCUUUGUAGCCAGACAGUCUGCACUUGCAGAAGAAACUCCAUUGCUAUAUAGUUGUGUAGAUUGUGGCAAAGAAUAUAGAAGCUUUAAAGCUCAUGCUCAACAUCUGAAAUCUAAAACUCACUUAGCACGAGCUUCGCGAGAGACAGGUCAUCAUCACGAUGAGAAUAGCGUUAUUAGUGGAAGGGAUGAGAGCGAGUGGGAGGAAGAGAUCUCGUGUGAAGACAAUGACUCAUUGAGGCAACUAAAGAUAAAUGGAAGUAGUACUAAUAAUGGUGUUAUGGAUGAUGAAGGUAACAAUGUUGAUGAGUUGGAUCCGCGUAGUUGUUUCAUGUGUGAUUUGGAACACGAUACAGUAGAAAACUGUGCGGUUCAUAUGCACAAGAAGCACGGGUUCUUCAUACCUGAUAUCGAGUAUUUGAAGGAUCCUGAAGGCUUCCUCACCUACCUUGGUCUCAAGGUUAGAAGGGAUUAUAUGUGUCUGUAUUGCAACGAUAGAUGUCGUCCUUUUAGUAGUUUGGAAGCAGUUCGGAAGCAUAUGGAUGCAAAAAACCAUUGCAAGGUGCAUUAUGGUGAUGGUGGUGACGAUGAAGAGGCGGAAUUAGAAGAGUUUUACGACUAUAGCAGCAGCUAUGUUGAUGCAACUGGAAAGCAGCUUGUUUCGUCUGAAGAUUUUAACAACAAUGUAGAACUAGGAAGUGAUGGAUCUGAACUCAUAAUAACAACAAGAACCGAUGAUCGAUUGUCUGUUAAAUCAAUCGGUUCAAGAGAGUUUUUGAGAUAUUAUCGCCAGAAACCAAGGCCUACGCGCACUAAUGAUACAGCUAUAAGCUCUGCUUUAAGCUUCAAGGUAUCGAAGCAUGAGCCUAGCAACCGUGUAAUCGAGGGAGCACAACGUCAAAAUGAAGGUGUUGAAGGCCAUGAAUAGAUGUGGUCUGGAUGCUAUGCACUCUGGGAUUGGCAGGAAAAGCAAUGUUAUUCGAAACCUCCCUAAAAAUAUACCAUAUU